GUGACUGAAGCAAGACCCUGUAUCAAAUACGUACUACAAAAAUACGAAUUGGAACAAUUAACCGAAUACGCGCAAGUGGACCAUUCUAGAUUGGCUAUGAAAAGCUCAAUGGAUCGUCGCGAUGCCAUAUCAAAACUAAAGACAAAUCUUGACAGAAUCAUGGAGGAAACUGAGAAUAUUUUGAGAAAUGAAAAAGCGGUUACCUCGUCGCAUCUAUUCGCGAGUAGAAAGGCUAGUUAUUCGGCGAGUGGUACAAAGCAGGAGCCUGUGGCUGGCAUUAACGAAAGAUCGGCAUCAAAACUCGAGGUUAUCAACGUUUUACAGCAGAUUCUUCAAAAGCAAGAGGAACUAACAGUCGUGGAAUAUACAGUCAACAACAGCAGGUUCAAAGUCCUUGUGAUCGAAGAUACCGAACUAUAA